CACAGCCGAACGUAGUCGAUUAGCAGAGCAGUCGAUCGCCAGGUUGCUGGAUCGGCGGCGAUUGUUUGAUGACAGACUCUAGAAACAGUGGGAAGCUGCGAAGUUGAGUGAUGGCGCUCAGACGGGCUCUGCAUUUUGUCUUUAAAGUAGGAGACAGGACCAAAACAGCGACCUUUUACAGGGAUGUUCUCGGUAUGAAGAUUUUGCGCCAUGAGGAGUUUGAAGAGGGCUGCAAAGCCACAUGCAAUGGACCUUAUGAUGGAAAAUGGAGUAAAACAAUGGUGGGCUAUGGACCAGAGGAUGAUCACUUCGUAGCAGAGUUGACUUAUAACUAUGGAGUGGGAGAAUAUCGCCUUGGCAAUGACUUUCUGGGCCUCACCUUACAGUCAAGCCAAGCUGUCAGUAAUGCCAAGAGGUUAGGCUGGCCACUUACUGAGGUUGGAGAAGCUCUCUACUUGACAGAAGCUCCUGGAGGAUACCGCUUCUACCUGCUGGAUAAAGAUCAACCAGAGAGUGACCCAGUUCAGAAAGUCUCCCUGGCUGUGUCUGACUUGCAGCGUUCUGUACAUUACUGGUCGUCUCUGCUGGGGAUGAAGGUAAUAGAGAAAAGUGAAGGGAAGAAAAGUGUACUGAUGGGAUUUUCAGAUUCGCAGUGUAAACUAGAGCUACAGGACAUUGGGGCUACUGUGGAUCACGGAACUGCUUUUGGCAGGAUUGCAUUCUCUUGCCCACGAGAACAGCUACCUGGCAUCGAGGCUCUAAUGAAAAAAGAGAACCAAAAAAUCCUCACCCCUCUGGUCAGCUUGGAUACUCCUGGAAAGGCGACUGUAGAAGUGGUCAUUCUGGCUGAUCCUGACGGCCAUGAGAUCUGCUUUGUGGGUGACGAGGCCUUCCGCCAGCUCUCUGCUAUGGACCCAAAAGGAAAUGAGUUGCUUGAUAAGGCCAUGGCUGCGGAUAAGAGCGAUGAAUGGUUUGCCAAACACAAUAAACAGAAGGCUUCAGCAUAAUGUGUCCCAGAACUGCAGUCUCCAGAAAUCCCUACAUUUCAAAAUGGCAAAAUGGUAGUUGGUUGUUUUUAUGUAAUCAGAAUCUCCAUCUUUCCUAACAGACAUUCACCUUUCAAUUGUGUUCGUGUUGAACUACAUUACAAUUAAAAGCCUCAGAUUCACAACA